GUGGUCCCCAACUGUCUCCAAAACCACACGAAUUCAUUUCAACGAGAGCGUAGCUGCCCAGAACCUGCAAAUCCUCCUUAACUCCAAGGUCGGCGAUACUCUCAUCUCUCUCAAAAUCUCAAAACCUUAAUAUAUAAGUAAAAAUGUCUCAGCAAAAUCUCCAACACAACAACAACAACAGUAGCCAUCGAAUCAUCAGAAGACAGACGAGCAGAGGUGAACCUCCACCGACUUAAAAUCUCUUUCGAUUCUUUCUAGAUUUUUCUUAAUUGAACCCAGGUUGUCGGCAAAUUAAUCCUCUAUUUAUAUAUAAAUCCUACCCUUGACUCUUUUAACUCUUAUCAUUUCAUUUCUCUCAUAUCCAUUCGACCAAAACCAAAACCAAAGCAAAAACCUUAACAACAACCUUAUAUGAUUAUGGGUCCUAAAGAUGAACCACCCAAAACUUCGACUAGUUCAAUACAACCCGAAACGUCGUCGUCUUUUUCCACAGCUAGUUUUUCCAACUUUGAUGAUUCUCUAAUGGGGUUCGAAUACAUGGCUGGUCAAGCAGCAGGUACUACUACUGUACCGUCGAGUAGUGGAGGAGAGGCUGAGAAUAAUAUCGGUGUUCCUCAACCGCUUGGGUGGUUACAGGAAAUUUCAAUUCCGCCAUUUCUGACCAAGACUUUCGAGCUCGUGGAUGACCCGGUGCUCGACCCGAUUAUAUCGUGGGGUUCGAGGGGAGAGAGCUUCGUGGUGUGGGACCCGGUGGAGUUUUCGAGCGUCGUGUUGCCUAGGAAUUUCAAGCACAGCAAUUUCUCCAGUUUUGUUCGCCAGCUUAAUACUUAUGGGUUCCGCAAGAUUGAUACUGAUAGGUGGGAAUUUGCCAAUGAAGCUUUCCAGCGAGGGAAGAGACAUCUCUUGAAGAACAUUCAGAGGCGCAAAUCACAUCAAUCCCAACUGAUUGGGGUCUAUACUGGGCCUUCUACUGAAGCAGGGAAGCCUGGUUUGGACAAUGAGAUAGAGAGAUUGAAGAAGGAAAGGAGUACAAUGAUGCAGGAGGUUGUUGAAUUGCAGCAGCAGCACCGAGGGACAGUGCACCAUAUGGAAGCAGUGAAUGAGAGGCUCCAGUCUGCAGAGCAGAGACAGCAGCAGAUGAUUUCUUUCUUGACAAAGAUGCUGCAGAACCCAGCAUUCUUAGAACUUCUUAGGCAAAAGAAGGAACAAAGAAAAAUAGAUUCUCCCCGAGUGAGGAGGAAGUUUGUAAAGCAGCAUCAACAUGAAAUUGGUAAGGCAGAUUCUUCCAUGGAUGGGCAGAUUGUGAAGUACCAACCAGAUUGGGGACUCCCCUUUGUACCUUCUUCAGGCCUAGAUUUAAAUCCACCCGUUGAACAUUCUCAGGAUUACCUCUCACCAGGUAUGGUUACUACACUAGAAGAAAUGGGCUUAGGUGCUGAAAGCAUACCAUUUCAAUUUGAGAAUGUUGAAUCGGUUGAAUUAGCCAUGCCAGAUGAAUUUGCAGUAUUGCAGGGAUUUGCCAAAACUCCUGAGCAGGUGGGAGAAGGGUCAUCGAGGUUCAGGACUGAAGAUCUGAAAGGAAAGAAUGUCAUAAGCCCGCCAGAAGAGGUUAAUACUGAGUAUUUGGUGUCUUAUCCUGAAGAAAUAAUGGAGGAGAAGGCUCUUUCUCAGUUAUCUCCAGGGAUUGAAAGCAUCAUUAAACAAGAGGAAAUAUGGAGCAUGGGUUUUGAUGCCAGUACUGUCACGCCUAGCUCUCGUAGUGAGUUAUGGGGUACUCCAAUCAACUAUGAAGUUCCAGAUUUGGAAGUGACUGGUGGAUUAUCAGACAUCUGGGAUUUAGGUUCCUUGCAAGUGGCAGGAGGUUUAGGCAUUGAUAAGUGGACUGCUGAUGAAUCCUCUUUUGGUGAGCCUCAGAGUCAAGAUGACCAGCCCAAAGAUGAUAUAUCUAAAAAUAGGGAUCCAUAGGGCUUCAAUUGCUUCUGCACUUGCUCUGCCCUUAUGGAUCCGAGUUAGUUUUAGUUGAACAUAUCAACCAACAUUGAAAAAUUAUAUAUAAAUAGAAUUCAAUCGAUUUCAGUAUUCUUCUUGAUUCUCUGCUUCCACCCAAAUUGAAUUUUAGUACUCCUAUUAUGCUGAUUAAUUGUUGAACUUUCCACCUAGUUUGUGCCGAUUUAUUUUCUUUCAUUUAGAUUAUGUUAUUUAACAAGUUGCAUUAGUAUUGCAGGUUUUGCUUGCUGGCAAAUUAAUUUUUUUAAGUUAUGAACAAUGCAGGUCUGUGACACUUGGGAUAGAGUACAUGCUUCUACGGGCUUGGUUGCAUUCUGCUAAGAUAUCUUGCUCAUAAAAGUGGGUGAUUCUCGUCCUCUAGUUGCACACUCACUCACAAGUUCACGUGCGUGAUCCUAGAAUGAUCCUAGAACUUGGGGCUAUGUAAAUCCAUCUUCAUGGCUUUUUGGGGGGAAUUUGGGUUUUACUAAUUUGACUUAUGUUCAUUUCAAGGACUUCCCUCCCCCCAACUCCUUAAACUCUAGCUGUACUCAGUAGCCUUGAAUCUUAGUUUUAUGAAAGUAGUGAAACAAGCUGAGGAAAUCACAGUAGUCUGUUUUUAAGCAUAUUUUGUUUCUCCAUAAGUCUAAGGCCACAACAUUUUUCACAAUU